AUGGUCUACGCAUCGACCCUGCUCUCCCUCCUGGCCCUGUUCUCAGGCGCCCUCGCCAGCUACAAUGGCAACCUCAACUACCGCAGCCCCUCGCUCAACGGCGACCACAUCAACAUGGGCAUCGACACGGCGGCCAUCCACCGCCGCAGCCUCGCAAAACGCGACGAGACACCCUACUCCGCCUCGCAGCUCAACUUCACCCACAGCGUCGCGUCAGGAGACCCCUACGCAAACAGCGUAAUCCUCUGGACGCGCAUCGCGCCCUCCCUCGAGGCAAGUGACAGCAACGUGACCGUCUCCGGCGACGUUCCGCUCUACGACCACGAGAACGAGCGGUAUGCGAAAGCCAGCGCGCACCCGAUUUGCGUCGAGUAUCGCGUGUUCCGCGAUCAGGAGGGACGCCGCGUUGUUGAUAGCGGCCGCGCGUAUACGAGCAGCGAUAUCGAUUUCACCGUCAAGGUUGAGGCGAAAAAGCUCAGGCCGUUUACGAGCUAUUGGUACCAGUUCAAUGUUUGUGGGUCCGACGUGAAGAGUCCGCUUGGACGGACCAAGACUGCGCCGGCGAAGCGGGAUAAGGUUGAGGAGGUCAAGCUUGCGGUGCAUUCUUGCAGCAACUACCCGAACGGCUACUUCAACGCCUACGGCAACGUCGCCCGCAAGGACAACGUCGACUUCGUCGUGCAUCUCGGAGACUACAUCUACGAGUACGAGAAGGGUGUCCCCGGCGUGGAUGAGCGUGCUGUUGUGCCUCAGCGCGAGAUCUUCUCGCUGUACGACUACCGCACUCGUCUCGGACAGUACCGCACCGACCUCGACCUCGUUGCCUCUCACCAGAACUUUCCUUGGAUUACCGUCUGGGAUGACCAUGAGAUCGCAAACAACGGCUACCGCGACGGCUACAGCGGCCUGCGCAACACGGAAGACUCAUUCCUAAACUACGGGCCCCAGAUCAGCGUCGACCAGCGCAAGAUGAAUGCCGUCCGUGCGUACUUUGAGUGGAUGCCGAUUCGCCAAGUCGACAUGGACGACGGCCUGCGCAUCUGGCGAAACUUCCAGAUGGGAGACCUCCUUGACCUCAUCAUGAUCGAUACCCGGAACUACGACCGAUCAAUCACGGAUAUCAGCGACAACUCGCACUACAUCGAACUAAUCCACGACGAUGCCGGCCGCAGCAUCAUGGGCGCCCGGCAGGAAAACUGGUUCUACCGCCAACUGUCCGAAUCGAACGAGCGCGGCGCGAAAUGGCGCGUCAUCGGCAACCAGCUCGUCUUUGCGCAUAUCCAGCAGCAGAAUGCGGACGGCACGCUCUCGUUCUCCACGGAUAGCUGGACCGCCUACCGCGCGAACCAGAAUCGGACCCUCAAGCACAUGUAUGAGAAUGAUAUUCGGAAUAAUAUUAAUAUCGCGGGGGAUACGCAUGUUAACUGGGUCUCCGACAUGAUCUGGGAAGGAACAAAAGACUACAACGAACAAACCGGCGCAGGCGCCGUGGGCGUCGAAUUCGCCGGAACGGCCGUAUCCAGCGGCGGCUUCAGCGGCGACUCCCUGGCGGCCGCCGAAGAGACCGCAAACACGUACAGCGUCAACCCCGAACUCAAGUGGGUCGAGGGCUUCUACCGCGGCUACUUCGAGCUGCACCUGCGGCAGGACGAGGCCGAGGCGCGGUACUUUGGGUGCCCGACUGUUGCGACGCGGAACAGCUGGGAGUUGCCGUUGGCGAAUUGGACUGUCAAGCAUAGUGAGUCUCACCUCCAGCGGCCGUUGGCUGGGGGUGAGGUGGAGGCGGGGUAUUUGCAGGUCGGGGAGUUGAGGCAUAGUAAUGUUUCGCUGAAUACCGAGACUGGGGAGUGGAAGGUUGUUGGGUUUGAUCAGAUGUUUAUUCAGCAUUAGAUGCGGGAUGGUCGGUAGAUGAGGUAGAUAGGUUAGAGAAUAGAGCUGAAUAGGUUUCGCUACGAUCUCACCGGCGUGUUGAGAGUGGCCCUUUCAUCCGUUCUGUGGACUC